GCGGCGAGUCGGUCUCCCGGGCUGGGCCGAGGGGACGACGAGGGUGCCGCCCAUCUCCUCGGGUCCCCGGGCGGGCUUCGCAGGGCCGCCGCUGCCGAGUGAACGACCGCCACGAAGCGACUGCCACGUCAGACCGACUUCACAGACCCGGCGCCGGCGGUGACGCAGCGGCGCGUCGGCCCGGACGUCAGCCCCGCAGGCCGUCCGCAGCCCGGCGCCCCGUUCGGCGACGCCCCGGCGCCCGGCCGGCCCUCAGGGAGGCGGACCCCGCGGCCCGCACCUCGCCCGCGGUCGGGCUGGACUGGGCGGUGUCAGCGGAGGCCCUCGCCAGGCGCGUCCGCCGCGCGAGACCCGGGCAGCUGCGGCGCCGACGAGAGCGGCAGCGGGGAGGUCCGCCAUGGAGACCCGCUACAACCUGAAGAGCCCCGGCUGGCCUCCAACUCAGUGAUCCACCUGCCUCUGCCACCUGAGAGCAUCAAAGCUGUUAAACGAUUGAUGAAAGAAGCGGCGGAAUUGAAAGAUCCAACAGAUCAUUACCACGCUCAGCCUCUGGAGGAUAACCUUUUUGAAUGGCACUUCACAGUUCGCGGGCCCCCAGAUUCCGAUUUUGAUGGAGGAGUUUAUCACGGACGCAUAGUACUGCCACCAGAGUACCCCAUGAAACCACCGAGCAUUAUCCUGCUAACGGCUAAUGGACGAUUUGAAGUAGGCAAGAAGAUCUGUUUAAGCAUCUCAGGGCAUCAUCCAGAGACCUGGCAGCCUUCGUGGAGCAUAAGGACAGCCUUGUUGGCCAUCAUUGGGUUUAUGCCAACUAAAGGAGAGGGAGCCAUAGGCUCUCUAGAUUACACACCCGAGGAGAGAAGAGCGCUUGCCAAAAAAUCACAAGAUUUCUGUUGUGAAGGCUGUGGCUCUGCCAUGAAGGAUGUCCUGUUGCCUUUAAAAUCUGGAACUGAUUCAAGCCAGGCUGACCAAGAAGCCAAAGAACUGGCCAGACAAAUUAGUUUUAAGGCCGAAGUCAAUUCAUCUGGAAAGACUAUCGCUGAAUCAGACUUAAACCAGUCUUUCUCACUAAAUGAUUCACAAGACGAUUUACCUACAACAUUCCAGGGUGCUACAGCAAGCACAUCGUAUGGCAGCCAGAAUCCGUCAGGAGCACCCUUGCCACAACCCACCCAGCCAGCUCCUAAGAAUACCUCCAUGAGCCCUCGGCAGCGCAGAGCCCAGCAACAGAGUCAGAGAAGGUCGUCCACGUCCCCUGAUGUACUCCAAGGCCAGCCACCAAGAGUCAACCACACAGAGCACGGCGGCUCAGCCAUGCUGAUCAUCAUCCUCACGUUGGCGCUGGCAGCUCUUAUAUUCCGACGAAUAUAUCUGGCCAAUGAGUACAUAUUUGACUUUGAGCUAUAAUGCUGGCUUGUGACUUAAGAGCUGUGACUCAGUUGCUUCAUUAAACAUUCUGCAUUGGGUAUAACCUAAGGAUUGUUUACAAAAAGAUUAUUUUGUAUUUGCCCUUCGUUUCUUUUUUAUUGUUGUAAAGUCAUUGUGCUGUAAGUAGACAUUCAGGCUGUGGUCCAACAGUUUGUCCUGCUUAGGUUAUGGGACUGGAAGCCAUAGCUCCUUGUCUUACUAUUUAAUUUACUUCAAAACAAUUAACUUACUGUGGCUGUCACACCCAUGCUGCUCUUCAGUACAUCUGCAGUGCUUUUCUAUGGAGUCCUUUGGAAUUUUCAGAUAAAAGAAGGUGUUUUCACAUUGGAGUAUUACUGGUUACUCAGUACCAUUAGCUGAGUACUGCCUUUAGUUCUAUAGCUGGAAAGGGAGGAAGGGGCGGAGUGCAUUGCCCACUCUCUUCUUGACAAGUGGCAUUUCUAGUAGAGACACAGCGAGUGCCCAUUCUGUGAACUUUGUAUUUGAAACUUUGUGCAGUGAGCAUAAUUUUAUUUCAGACAUUUAUGAAGACCUUUGUUAUAUUUUUGUUUUUGGAUAUUACUUGAAGAGGAAAGACGUCGUAGCCACCAUCUCUAAUAUGCACACAAAUGAAAACAGGCUUUCAUAACCUGUCUCAAGGAAGAAAAGGUCCAAGCCAAGAAGUUGUUUGAUUUUUCUUUCACAAGUAGGUGAGGAGAUCUUAAAGAUCAAAUCUUUACUUUCAUUUGUACAUGGUUUGAAUUAUAUGCCCAGCUCAUAAUCACUAUAGCAUUUCAUAUCCAGAAAUAUGCUUAGGAUUCAGAUUCUUAGUAGAAAAACUCAGGGCCCAAGUAACAGUGAUAGAUUAACCUCAAACAAACCUUUAUUUAGAAUUGUUCACUAGUCAGAGCCUAAGAAAAAUUUAAUGAUAAGUCCAUUUAUUCCUUAGUGCCAGCAGGUCCCCCAGAUGCUGACCUAUAGCUCUGUCAUCUCAGUUACUGGUGAGGCUGCUUAGGACAAUAUUGCCUUCAGCCUGUUCCUUCAGCAACCCUGAGCGCCCUGUCGAGGGCCCUGCAUUGCCCAUUUGACUGGAAAUAUAGGCAGUCCCCAGCUGUUAAAUAUAUCAUGCUCUCAAAACCAUUGAGAAGUUAAUUUUUUUUUUUUUUUGGUUUUAAGUACAACUGAAUAUAAAUGCUGUUUGGGUUCUAGCUCAGUCCACAACUGUUAGCUCAUAUGCCCUUUAAGUAUGUGUGGAAGGGUAGUUGUAAAGUUCUCAUGUGGUUUUUAACUAUAAUUAAGGGCAAGGAAAAAAAAAACAGCUCACAAAAUCAUUUUAAAGGUGAGCUUGUCAUGUGAUGUUGGGUCUGUCACCACUGAAGAUCAUUCUCACUCCAGUCAUGUGAUGUUGGGUCUGUCACCACUGAAGAUCAUUUUCAUUUGUAUUUGGUAGCUAGGUUUUGCUGUUACUGUUGUUAGCUCAACACCUAAAGUUUUCAAAGGCACUGAAUGCUAUAAUAUAAUCUUCCAGUUUAAUAGAGUAGAUUUUAUAGUUAUUUAAGAAUUGUUUAUAAAUGAGGUUGUUAAAAUCUAAAAAGCCCAAGGACUUUGUGAAGACUUCAUGUAAGAAAGACGAUAGGUUACCGUUUUAAAAAUAAUGUUCUUGCCAUGAAAAAGCAUAUUCCGAGGUCUUAGUUUAUAAUAUGAGAAACUUUGGGUCCACGACCUAGUAAGAGGUCAGUAACCCAAUGGGAAGCCCCGGUGGCCUUCCCCCGACAUGGCGUGCCCUGUGCUGAGAUGGCUCACGUGCUAGAGCAGUCCUCCUCCUAGGGGGCUGUGUCUUCCAUGGACACCUGUGCCAGGCGGCGAGGGUUGUCCCAAGGUGUCACCCACUCUCCCUCACUGUCACUGACUGGCUACCUCCUUAUGUGUGUUGGCAUUUUUAGCUCCUGAUACACACAUCAAAGUGGUACAUUUUCCUUUUGCCCCGAUAUGCUAUCUGAAAAUUGUCCUCCAAGCCCCACCUUGGGGUUCGUGAGCUCAUGGAAGGGCCUGUUGUCAAACUCUCAGUUUAACUCCCUAGAUCGGCAUAAGGUACAAACCAUGUAGAAGCCGGCAGGUAAAGUCUUCGCUUCUUGUUUUCCCAGUUCUCAGAUUUCAAAACUCAAGGCUUCCUCACUGACCAGCAUAGCACAUGACUACACAUCAAAAUAGUUAAAAUAGCAUGCUUGAAAAAAUAUGCCUGUUUUGCUUGUAGAAGUCUGGCCCAUGAGCCGUCCAAAUCUUCUGUACGUGGGUGGGGCUUUGAUGUAGCACUUUACAUUUCCUUGCUGCUGCUGUUGGUUUAUUCUACUGAAAUAAAUGAUUUCAUCAAGCUUCUCAAUGAA